AAACAUAUUUUUUUCCUUUAAAAAAAUGGAUCAAGAACGUAACAUGGACAUAGAGAAGGAAUCAACAACAACCUUAGACUACUCCAAACGCGCUCAAUGGCUACGCGCUGCUGUCCUCGGAGCCAACGACGGUCUUGUCUCCACCGCAUCACUGAUGAUGGGAGUUGGCGCCGUGAAACACGACGUCAAAGCUAUGAUUCUCUCAGGAUUCGCCGGAAUGGUGGCCGGAGCUUGUAGCAUGGCCAUAGGAGAGUUCGUCUCCGUUUACUCUCAGUACGACAUAGAGGUGGCUCAGAUGGAGAGAGAGAGUGGUGAAGUGGAGAAAGAGAAGCUACCUAGUCCACUACAAGCAGCAGCUGCGUCCGCGUUAGCGUUUUCCGCGGGUGCGAUUGUGCCGCUUUUGGCGGCUGCGUUUGUGAAGGAGUAUAGAGUGAGGAUCAUUGCGGUUGUGGCUGCGGUUACGGUGGCGCUUGUGGCUUUUGGGUGGUUAGGAGCGGCGUUAGGGAAGGCACCAGCGGUUAGGUCGUCGGCUAGGGUUUUGUUUGGAGGUUGGUUAGCUAUGGCGGUAACGUUUGGGUUAACUAAGCUCAUUGGGUUACAUGGACUCUAGCUAAACUGUUGGUGAAACCAUCUUCUUAUAAGACUUUUUUAUAGUAAGCGUGAGUGAAGUUCGGUGAAACACAUGAAACAUGACAGUAUGUUUACGGUACGUGAACAAAACUGAUUUACUUUUAAUGAUGUUCACAUAAUCAUAUUGCAAAACGCAGGUUAUUAAAAUUAUGCCGGUUGUGUUUAACGUUUAUUUGAAGAUGUAAUUUAUAGAGUUCGUGAUGUGAUGUUUGAGAGACCUGUUUUACGGUUAAUAAUGUAAAUUAGUUGGAAAAUAAGGACAUUAU